AACGUCAUCCCCCACCUCGAUGGUUGGCUCCACCACCACCACCAGCUCCUCCUUCCUCCUUCUAUUCAAGGGAGUAGGGGGGUAAACUUUAUGCUUGAUGUUUACGGUUUUCUGUACGUUCGUUCUCUUUCCUGCCGCACUGUGCGGUGGCCCGUACCAUUGCCGGCCUGCUUACACCCACCAGGGCGCAUCCGCGGUGUGUGUGUGUCGCGCUGCGACGCGUUUUUUGUUGUUGAUGAUGCGUUUACUCACCUAACAGACGGGCUCACCAUAAUGUUAGGAGUUGCCGUUUUUGGGAGCUUUUUAAAAGGCUCGUCGCUUGUCAGCUCAGCUCAAGUCUUUUGUGCUCCCGCGUACUUCAUGAAUGAACUCAAAGUAAUUAACGAUGAGGAGGGGGGUAGGGGAUGGGGAGGAAAAUUACAUGUUGUUUGGGUUUGCUUGUUGAAAGCAUUGAAAAAAAACUUAAACAAUUUUGUUAACAAACCGAAGCGAUCUAUAUGGACUUACAACGUUAAAGUAUAUGUAAGCACAGAUAGAAAGAAGUGUAUUGAAAAAGGUUCGUGCCUUGCCGACGAGUUGAAGUCUUUUGUGUUCACGGAAUUGGCCCGAGGCCGCUGGGUCAGCGCUUUACUCCGCAAAUGGAGUAUGAUUUAAAUAACAAUAAUAAUAAUAAUAAAAAACAAGUUUACCAUUCACCCGUUUAUCGAAAAAAAAUGGCAAAAGUAAAAGCUAUUUUAUUAUCGUUCCAUCACAUGCGGUGAUGGACAAAACAUGAUUGCAAAUGUCACGUUCAUCAGUUUUGUUUUACAAUGCUGCUUAUUUGAACUGCAAUGAGAAAGUUUAUAAGUAAGAGUUAAUUCUGUUGAGAUGCAUUCUGUUGAGUGUUGCAUGGACCAGUAGCAAAAUGAUCGUCGUGCGCGUUGUUAUCAUUUGGUGCUGUUUACUUUCUAUUGCUUGUGCUCGUCCCGCUUCCGUGCUCAGAACCAUCGGCAGACGUAAAGGAUCGCUUAAAGGUGUACCGAUUAAAAUUAAACGACAAACAGACGACCUGCAUCGGAGAUUGAUAGGAAUCGAUCCACCUCAUUACGGCAGCGAACAGUUCUCUGCCGAACGGCACAGUGACGAGUCGAUGCUACAGUUGCAGAAAAAAGCAUCCAUAGCAGAAAUUUUCCGACACCGGCUGAUGGCUUGCGGCUUAAUAACGACCAAAUCUCCCGAGCGCUGGCGUGAUCGUUUGAUUGCCGAGCUGGACGAGAUAGUCACCGAGAUAGAGCAUCGGUGUGCGCUUUGCAAAACACUGUACGAUGAGCCGUCUCGGUACGAUGUGCUGAGAAGCUUGAUCGAUCCGUGUCCAGCCUGCUGUCGGCGGAAAAACAACAAAAAGCAGCUUCUGCUCACACUUCAAAAAGUGUUGGAAAAAUCGCUCGACAGUGAACCGGGGCCGAGUGAAAGCAGUGCCGGAGGGGAAGAGGAAAAGGAAGGUCACGAUUCACGCAUUUGGCCCAUUACGGAGAUACCGAAGAGUAGGAAGACGCGGAGUACCACCGAAACACCUAUGCCACCACUGACGACCCAGUCGAUCGUGAGUGAUCAUGAAGGGGUUCGGGAUUUACAAACUGCCGAACAGAACCGUAAGCUAAAGACAUCCUGGUGGUCCCACCAUCCUACAAUACAAUCGCAAGGAUCACUUUACACGGCGGAAACGACAUCAAGCGCAAAUGAAACGGACGGCUCGGAGUAUGAUGGAAGGCACGAACCGCCAGCCGUGCACGUUAUCAAUGGACAGCCGGUCGAUAAUGUGCACGAUUUUCUGCAGCAAUACAUGGACCUCGUGUACGGGGGGCUACCGGGCAAUGAGCAACGGAAGCAGUUUUUUCUUGACCAGCUGUGCCGAAACGCAACCAACGGCAGGAUCGUGCUGCAGUGCCACGAUGGCAGCGCCGGGCAGCGGAGAACGCGUUUCACCUCCGAGUCAAGUGCUCAAGCGGCCGAAAAAGUAUCAGCUUGGCAUGUUAGUGAAGAUUCCGACGCCUCAAGUAACGUUCAAAAAUCGUUACUUUUUACUACCCCCUCGUUGAAUGUGCUUAAGCCCAAAGUGAUGGGAUGCCAGUCGUGCUGGACGCUUGGUAGAAAACGGGCCGAAUGGGAUGGACACUAGUAUAGGCUGACCGUACCGUUUCGUAUUCAACGGAACAACACAGUUUUUUUUUAAACCAAUAGUGGAUGUCCAUUCGUAUAUGUAAGCAUUACUAAUUCGUCCCUUUGUAGGAUGUCGGAAUGGUCUAAUAGACACUGAUUAAUUACAUAAUUCUUACUGAGAUUAAGGAUUGAAAUAAAUAAUUAAUUUCAGUGACAGAUCGA